AUGAGAAUUUCUCCUCCACAGUGGCUAGCUAAACAUAUUUCUUAUAACCCAGAAUUUUUUCCGGGUAUGUGCUUAAGACUUGUUGAUUUUCGCACGGUUGUUUUAAUCUUUACGACUGGAAAGUGUAUAAUUACAGGCGCACGAACAGAAGAAGAUAUUUUUAUUGUUCAAAAUAAAAUUUACAAUUCUAUUUUAAUGUUUGUAAAAAUCAAUAAAUACUAG